AAACGUGUCCCGCGUCUACAACUGGCUCGAGCAGUGGCUGACGCACGAUGCCCUCACAGCCACGGAGCACGAGCAGAAGGGACUAUUGAACGACCAACCCAGUGGGGACCAGAGGGCCCGGCCACGCUUUGUCGUGCUGGACGUGGUGGAGCCCAAGUUGCUGGAGCUUUCAAGACUCUCACGGACUAGGAAAAG